AUGGAUUUACUAGAUUGGAUUAUCUUCAUCAUAAUAAUGACUGAAUUUAUCAUAGGCAACUGUGCCAAUGUCUUCAUAUCCAUGGUGAACUUCAUCAACCGGAUCAAGAGAAGAAAGUUCUCCUCAGUCAACGGAAUUUUAACUGCUCUUGCCAUCUCCAGGAUUGUCUUGCUCUGGGCAAUAUUAAUAAGUUGGCAUUCAUCUGUGUUUACUGAAGAUCUGUACAAUAACCAAAUAAGAGCCACUGCUAUUAUUGUCUGGGCCAUAAGCAACCAUUUUAACAACUGGCUUGAGACAAUCCUCAGCAUAUUUUAUUUGUUCAAGAUAGACAAUUUUUGCAAUCUUCUAUUUCUUCACCUAAAAAGGAAAACUGAGCAUGUUCUUCUCAUGGCACUCUUGGGGUCUUGGGUGUGGGUUGCUAAUCUUGGUGUGGUGAACAAGAUUCCAUGGCUGAGUACAUAUGAAGGUAAUGUGACUUGGAAGACCAAACUGAAGGACAUCACGAGCCUUGCAAAUGUAACUCUAUUCAGUCUGAUAAACCUCACACCUUUUAGUAUAUCACUGGUCUGUGUCCUGUUGUUAAUCUACUCUCUUUGCAAACAUCUGAGGAACAUGAAACUCUAUGGCAAAGGAUACCAAGAUCCUAGCACCAUGGUCCACAUGAAGGCCUUGCAAACUGUGGUCUCUUUUGUCUUGUUAUAUGCCAUAUACUGUCUCUCUCUAAUCCUAGCAAGCUGGAGUAAUAGGCUGUUUAAUGUACCAGUUUUCACAUCUUCCAUUGCUGCUGGUGCCAUCUACCCAUCAAAUCAUUCCCAUAUCCUGGUCUGGGGAAACCAGAAGCAGAAACAGGCCCUUCUUUUGGUUCUGUGGCGGGCAAGACGCUGGCUGAAAGAAUGA